UUAUGGAGUUCAUUUGUCUAUAUAUCAAUGCACAACAACACAGCCGAUCCUCGUAUCACUUCAUAGCAAGACUACGAUCACUUUGUGUCGAGGCUUUCAUUUUGAAGCUGGCUGGCGGCGUGUUUCCCGAAUGCAUCGUCUGGGCGGCUCUCUUGACUUGAUUCUUUCCAGCGCUGCAAGCCGCCACCAAAGACCGCAAACCGGGACCACGGACCGACAAGCGCGUUUUCAACAAAGGACAAGAUGAUGGCUGAAGAUUGUAAUUUGGAGAAAUAUAAACAUGUUUUAUCUAGCACCGGGGACAACAAUGGUCAAAGGAAAACUUCCGCAUCACUUUUUGGAAAGUACAAGCAGAGUGUUCAGACCCUCAAACCUUUCCGGUGGACAUCAACACAGCCACAUGCAAUUGAUAAUGCGGGUUUCCUGUCCUUCGCCACCUUCACAUGGAUGACUUCCAUGAUGUGGGCCAUGUACCGGAACAGGGUGGACGUCAACACCCUUAACCUGUCACCUUUGGAUGAGGCCGGAGGAAGCACAGACAGGCUCCAGAGACUCUGGGAGGAGGAAGUAGCAAAGUCAGGUCUGGAAAAGGCCUCUUUAGUCCGAGCCAUUCUUCACUUCCAAAGAACCAGGCUGAUUCUCUCUGUCCUGGUCGGAGUGAUUGCCAUGGUGUCAGCCUUUCUGGGUCCGGCCAUUGUGGUCUACCUGCUCCUGAACUAUGUAGACGACCCUUCCCAGUCAACGCAGAUGCACGGCAUCGGCCUCUGCUUUGCUCUGUUCACCACAGAGUUCUUCAAGGGCUUCUUUAUUUCACUGCUGUGGGCAGUCAACCUGCGAACUGCCGUCCGGCUGAAGGGGGCCUUCAGUUCACUGGCCUAUCAGAAGGUCAUCUCGCUGCGGGUGCACAGUGGAAUCUCCAUGGGAGAGAUCAUUAACGUCUUGACUAACGACGGCCACAAGCUGUUUGAGGCCGUACUGUUCGGCAGCUUCGUGCUGUCAGCACCGGUGCUCUUCUUUGUUUGCAUCAUCUACGCCUGCUACAUCCUGGGCAUCACGGCGCUGAUGGGCGUCGGUACCUACUCGGUCUUCGUUCCGAUACAGUUUCUCAUGGCCAAGCUCAUCAACAAGUUCCGGCACAAAGCCAUUGUGAUGACAGACAGUCGCGUUCGCAUCAUGAACGAGAUCCUCAACAGCAUCAAACUCAUCAAGAUGUACGCAUGGGAAGAUUCCUUUCAGAAGAAAAUCACAGAGUUGAGGAAAACUGAGAAAAAACAUCUGCGCAUAGCCAGUUAUAUCCAGAAUGCAAACACGAGCAUCACCAGCAUCAUCCCCACCCUGGCCACCGUACUCACCUUCUUGCUGCACACCUUGUUGGGCUGGAAGCUAAACAUUACUGAAGCUUUCACCACCAUCGCCAUCUUUAACGCCAUGCGCUUCUGCCUGGCUCUGAUGCCGAUGUCCGUGAAGUCUCUGGCCGAGGCCAACGUGUCCAUUCUGCGUCUCAAGAAAAUAUUGCUGAUCCAGAAUCCAGAUCCCUAUUUGGUGCAGAGGACAGAUGGCGACUUGGCCAUCGAGAUGAGGAACGCUACCUUGUCUUGGAACAAGCCCGACAACUGGAGGGACGCACUCCCUGCUGGUGUGGUCAACGGGGGGACGGCAACAGCCAACAGAGAAAUUGGAUCCAAGUUGGAGGAAAAACACGACUUCUUGCCCACUUUGAGGAAUGUUUCCUUCUCGCUUCCCAAGGGCAAGUUACUGGGUGUCUGCGGGAAUGUGGGAAGUGGCAAAACCUCGCUGAUUUGUAGUAUUUUAGAGCAGAUGCACCUCCUGCAGGGCUCGAUCACGGCUGACGGAACGUUUGCAUACGUCUCCCAGCAGGCGUGGAUCUUCCACGGAAGUGUACAAGAAAACAUCCUGAUGGGUAGCCCGAUGGACAAGGAAAAAUACGAAAGAGUUUUGGACGUGUGCAGCCUGAAGGCCGACAUGAAGAUACUCCCACAAGCUGAUCGCACAGAGAUCGGUGAGCGUGGCCUGAACCUGUCAGGCGGACAGAAGCAGAGGAUCAGCCUGGCCCGGGCGGUUUACGCUGACAAGGACAUCUACCUGCUAGACGACCCCCUCUCAGCCGUGGACGCCCACGUGGGAAAGCACAUCUUUGAAGAGUGCAUCAAGCAAGUGCUGCGGGGAAAGUCCGUCAUCUUGGUCACGCAUCAGCUCCAGUAUCUGGAGUUCUGCGAUGACAUUUUGGUACUGGAGAAUGGCGAGGUCCUGGAGUCAGGGAACCACCUGGUGCUGAUCAGGGCCAACGGACGCUACGCACAGCUCAUCAGCGGCUACCACGCGGAACAGGCCAAAACGAAGAAAGAAGUAGAGGCUCAACCCAAGAAAGCGAAGGAAGCUGAGCUGAGAGAAUGCGCAAACAGCGGCAUAAUCAACCCAGCCUUCGAAAUCACGGAUGAAGACGAGGUGGAAGGCCUAGCCAGCCAAAAAUUGUGUCAGAGUGUUGGAGCAGUGGAGAAGGGCGACCAGCUAGUCAGCAAGGAGUCAUCCACAAAGGGGGCUGUCUCCUGGAGGACUUACGGACAAUACUGCAAGGCAGCAGGAGGUUACAUUAUCACCUUCCUCGUCUUCCUCAAUGUGGUGCUGAUGAUUGGCACCACAGCCUUCUCCAGCUGGUGGCUCAGCUAUUGGCUUGGCCAGGGCAGUGGGGUCCAGUUGACAAACGGGACUCCAGCAGAAAAGGGUGACAUUUCCAAGAAUCCAGACCUGCACUUCUACCAGCUGGUCUACGGCAUGAUGGUGGUGGUCAUGGUGGCCCUGGCCAUUGUCAAGUGCAUCUUCUACACCCAUGUCACUUUGAAUGCUGCCUGCCGCUUCCACGACACCAUGGUCAAGAAGAUCAUAGCCAGUCCCAUGAGCUUCUUCGACACCACGCCAACAGGCCGCAUUCUUAACCGCUUCUCUAAAGACCAGGAUGAGGUGGACAGUAUUCUCCCACUCCACAUGGAUCCUUUCCUGCAGUUUGCCCUGAUGGUGACCUGCACUGUGACGGUCAUCUCUGCUGUCUUCCUGCCCAUGCUCAUCGCUGUGGUCAUCAUGGGACUUUUGUUCACACUCAUGCUCUUCAUAUUCCAGAGGAGCAUCCGCCUAAUGAAGAAGAUGGAGAACAUCAGUCGCUCACCGUGCAUCUCCCUCACCACAUCCACCCUCCAGGGCCUCAGCACUAUCCAUGCCUACAACAUGAGAGACAGCCACAUGAAGCUGUUCAAGACCCUGAAUGACAUCAACUCCAACCACUAUAUGCUUUUUUCCUCUGGGACCCGCUGGCUGGCCUUCAGGCUUGACUUCAUGGCAGCCACACUCACCUUAUUUGUGUCACUGUUUGUGGUUCUGACCAGUAAUGAGGACAUCAGUCCGUCCUUAAAGGGUCUUGCUUUGUCCUAUACCAUACAGCUGACGGGCAUGCUGCAGUACGUAGUGAAGCAAGCCACAGAGGUGGAGGCCAGGUUCAACUCAGUCGAGAGGCUGCAGGAGUACAUAAUGGGUUGUACGUCUGAGGCUCCCAGACACAAUGAGGACGCUUGUAUCCCAAAAAACUGGCCCACGGGAGGGUCCAUUGCUUUCCUGGACUACAAGAUGAGGUACAGAGAGAACACGCCCAUAGUCCUGAAUGGGCUGAACUUCAUCAUCCAGGCCGGAGAGAAACUGGGCAUCGUGGGAAGGACGGGUUCUGGUAAGUCCUCCUUAGGGGUGGCGCUGUUCCGGCUAGCCGAGCCUGCUGCGGGAAGCAUCCUGAUAGAUGGCGUUGACAUCUCGUCCAUCGGGCUGAAAGACCUGCGAAGCAAGCUGUCCAUCAUCCCCCAGGACCCCGUACUUUUCAUUGGCACAAUCAGGCACAACCUGGACCCCUUUAACUGCUACAGUGAUGAGGAGAUCUGGGCAGCACUGGAGAGGACCUACAUGAAGGACUCUAUCUUCAAAUUGGAGGGUCAGCUUCAGGCGCAGGUGUUGGAGAAUGGAGAGAACUUCUCCGUUGGAGAGCGACAGUUGAUGUGCAUGGCGAGAGCAUUGCUACGCAACUCCAAGAUCAUUCUUUUGGACGAGGCGACAGCGUCCAUUGAUGCCGAGACCGACGCCCUGAUCCAGACAACAAUCAGAGACGCCUUCCAGGACUGCACCAUGCUCACCAUCGCACACCGUAUAAACACUGUAAUACACGCCGACCGCAUUCUGGUCAUGCACAACGGAAAGGUGGCAGAACUGGACGAUCCAGAGGUGUUGUCGCAAAGGUCUGACUCUCUGUUCUCCUCACUGCUGGCCGCGACAAACACCGUGAGCACGUCUGAGGCGCAUUGAUCUGCACCCAAUUUGCUUUUCAUCUUGUAUUUGUCUUGGAAGUGCACAAGUAUUGAGGCCAUACAGACAAUUUGUUGUUGUUUAGUUUUUUUUUUUGCAGUGAGAAAGAGACAGAGAAAUGUGUAUUGAAAUUAUAUUAUUUAUUGAUUCAUGUGUGAAUUUUCAAUAAUUGUUUAAAGGGUCGUGCAAGUCAAAUCAACGACAAGAACGGUUUUUUCCAAUGUAUUUACCGUUUUAUUUGUUUCCAUCCUGCUGCUCAUUCUUGGCAACACGGGGGCGCCAGUGUUUUUUUUUUUUCCUUGACUGACAACGCAGCAGCGAUGAAACUGUGCUUUACUUGAAUGAGGACGGCGUUAUAGUUAAGGUUAAGGUAACAAAAAUACUGCAAUAUCCAUUUAAAAAGGUAAAUGAACAAUUGCUGGUUUGUUUUAUUUUGUUGCAUUACAUUGUAUUUGAUAAGAGUCCCUCAAGACAUUUACCAUUUAAAGUAUUGAUAGUAAUGAACACAGUACUUUAUUGAAGUUACAGAUGAUGUGUAUUGUAUGUUACCAGUACAUUCUGUGAAGUAUCAGAGUACAUUAUGAUGAAGUAUCAGUCAAAGCAAUGUCAAACAGUUUGGCGUGGUUAAUACUUUUUUUCACACGUAAUGAAUUUGCAGUAGAUUCACACUUGCAUGAGUACUUUUUUUUUCGGUAAUGUAGCAUAUACACAACAUGUGGUCAUUGACUGAGCUAGUACUUAAGAGUGAUAUCAACAUUUCUAUGGGAUUGAGAAGGUUCUUCCUCUAGUAUUUAUACAUCCAGUGGCUUAACUGAGUGUUUAGCAUGGAGAACUUCAUGCGGUGUGGUAAAUUCGCUCUUACAGGAGGGAGUAAGAAAGUAAAGUACUUAGUCGGUUUUGCUUGAGUGACCUUUCUGAUGGAACAAGUUUCUGCUCAUAAUGUAGUACUGUAGAACUCGGGAGACGAGUGAUGACUACUUGGCAGCCCAUAGCAAAAAUGGUGAAAUCACAGAUCCUGGUGAAUUAUCGUACCAUGUUUAAAUUUAGAGAAAAAAGGCAAAUCGUGAAUGUUCCACAAAGUUUUUACUCAAAAUGACACCCUUCGGCAGCACAGUGACUCCGCUGGAAAGCGUUGGCCUCACAGUUCUGAGGUCCCAGGUUUGAUCCCGGACCCGCCUGUGUGGAGUUUGCAUGUUCUCCCCGUGCAUACGUGGGUUUUCUCGAGACAAUCCGGUUUCCUCCCACAUCCCAAAAACAGGCAACAUUAAUUGGACACUCUGAAUUGCCCAUAGGUGUGAUUGUGAGUGCAACUGUUUAUAUGCCCUUUGUAGCCUUGUUUUUCUCUGUUAAGAUGUUAAGGGAGGCUUUCGGUUGGCUUUUCUAUUUGUCAAUCUAUUUCCUUGAUGCUAUUUCUUACAGUUCACUCCCAGACAUUGACUCCAGUUUCUGCCCAUUUGUACCUAUAUUUGUUUUGUUGUGCAUUUUCAGUUUUCAGGACGUGCCUGUGAAUAUUUUCAUUCCUCCAGGUCAUUUCACUCUCAGUCGAUCGCAACCAGACUGUUCUGUUUGUCUUCGAAGAUGUUUCGCCUCUAAUCCGUGCCAGCGUUGUUGGUUCAUGCAAUAAGGCUUAGUUAAGAGUUGCACAAUGUUGAAGACAAAUUCUAUCUUGGUGCGUUGAGGUCUACCUUCCUUGGUCUAUCAUCGCACUUCCCUUUUACAACGUUGCCAUUCUGUUUGUAUUUGACCCAGAUAUUAGUCACUGCUGACAGGCAACAACCAAUAUUUUUUUAAAAUCUAAAUUAAGCAAUGUGUUUCCCUUCUUCAAGGAAUUUUAGAAUUGUCUUCCUUGUGUCAAUGGACAUCUCACAUGUUGGAGCCAUGAUUCAUGUCAAUUAACUUGGUGCAAAGCAAAUUUAUUAAUAUAGUACAUUUAAUACACAAGGUAACUGAGGCUUUACAUGAUUGAAAACAUUAAAAGGCAAAGGAAAUAAAACAUCCAUUCAUCCAUUUUCAUUUGAUCCCUUACGAGGGUUGCUGUCAUUAAACACAUUUGCAACAUUUAUUUCUUCUGCUUCCCACUAAAAAAAUAAUUGUGACUGAGUACAUUUCUCUUUCUUUACAUGAUUCUUUA